CAUUUACUGGAUAAAAUGUAUACAUUUUACGUCGGCCAACAUGUCUAAGGUUUUCCAGGCUAGUAGAGGAUUGCUGAAGAUUGCCCAAACCUGUCAUGGCUUAACAAGGGUUUUACCGGUUAGGAAGACAGUAGGGAAGGGUGUGCGAAAUGAACCAGUUGCGAAAAUUUAUCAUCUUAGAUUACCUGUCCGGACACUUACAAUUCAAACGAUACAGUUUAAAAAGGACCCAAUGGAGUACCCACUGCUGACUGGAGCUCAUCACUGGAGGAGGAAGAUGCGCACCACUUUCAGAUGCUUGGACGCAAACUCUGACGGCUACAUUACAAAAGAUGACUACGCUAUUACAGCAAGACGUUGUGCCCAGUUUUUGGACCUUAAUGAUGAGAGAGCACAACAUAUUUUGAAUCAGCGUAUUGCAAUGUGGGAAAUUAUUCCUAAGGGUACAGAAGAUCCUUCUAAGGUAUCAGAAGAAGAAUAUAUCAACUCCGCUCCACCGGUGUUCAACCGAAACAGCUUUCGACAGGAUUUUCUACCCAUGGUGAUAUCAAUGGAUUUUGAUGCCAUGGACAUUGAUGGCGAUGGACUCAUUUCCAACGAAGAACAUAAAGCUUUUUUCUAUGGCUUACACAUCCCUGUGGAUGAGUCGAAAAAAAUAUUUGACGUGAUGGACACCAACAAAGAUGGUUUAAUAUCCAUUGACGAAUUUGCACAUGCUUGGACAGAAUUCUUUUUAACCGAAGACCCGAAUAACAUAUACGACGUGUUAUUUGGUAAACUGGCUGAUUAA